AACUUGGACUUUGGGAUUAUUACUGUCUCGCUUGCUAUAUAAGCUGCAGCACCUCACCAGCUCAACACAAGCGCUGCCAAGUGGACUUGCAGAUACACUCAGCAAACUCAGGUCGAAGAACCAUGAAGGUCCUUGUUGUGCUCGUCCUUGCCGUUUUCAGUGGCUGUCAAGCCAACCUCUUCUAUGCUGAUGCACCCAAGCCACAGCUGGAAGUGAUGACUGAUGCAUUCUGGGACUAUGUUGGCAAAGCCACCCAGACAGCUGAUGAUACCCUCCAGAUGAUCAGGAAAUCUCAGUUUGGACAGGAUGUGAGUGCCCGUCUGACAGAGAGUGCCGACAUGGCCAGCACAUAUGCAGUUUCCCUGCAGGAGCAGCUUCCCCCUGUAGCCCAGGACCUGAUCACCAAAGUCACCACAGAGGCUGAUGUGCUGAGAGAGCGUGUGACCCAGGAGCUGAACACCGCCAAGGACAAGCUGGAGCCCUACACCGAGGACAUGAAGGCCCAGAUUCAGCAGAGAGUGGAGCAGCUUAAACAGGAGCUGGCCCCCUACGCAGAAUCCGUGGACUCUGAGGCCCUGAGGACCACCUUGAUGCAGAAGAGUGAGGAGCUGAAGACCAGCCUGGAGCAGAGUAUGAAGGACCUGCAGGCUCAGCUGGGACCCUACACUGAUGACCUGAAGCAGAAGGUGGACCAGCACCUGGUGGACUUCAAGGAGAGUCUUGUGCCCGUGACCGAGAGAGUCCAGAGUGAGCUGACUCGGGGAGCCCAGCAGGUGAAAGAAAUCGCUGCCCCCUACGUUGAUGAUCUGAGGGAAAGGCUGGACCCCUAUGCCCAGGACCUCCAGGCUCGUCUCACCUCCCUCUAUGAGUCCUUCACCAAAUGUGACUACUUUAGGCGUGCGCACGCGAGCAACACCCCCGCUCCGUGCGCGCACACGCGCAGCAGCAGCAGCCUCCUGGGACUGUAUAAAAGCCCUCAGUCUCCGUUCGGGGAGCACGGAGAAGGCUCAACCUCUCAGGUGUAUCUGUCUGUCUGUCCAGCAAUCAUGAAGGCUGUAUCUCUGAUUCUUGCUCUGGCAGUCAUCACCGGCUGCAAUGCCCGUGCUGUGCACCAGACUGAUGCCACCCCAAACCAAUGGGAGGAAACCGUGGAUCGUUUCUGGCAGUACGUUUCUGAUAUUAACCAAAAGGCUGAUGGAGUUGUGGAGGACAUCAAGGCCUCCCAGCUCAGCAGGGAGCUAGACACUCUGAUCACUGACACCAUGGCAGAGCUGACAACAUACAGAGACGACAUCCAGACCAAGCUGACCCCCUACACCGAUGCCUCCACAGGCCAGCUGUCUCAGGACCUGCAGCUCCUGGCUAACAAACUCCAGAAGGACAUGCUGGAUGCCAAGGAGCGCAGCACUGAGUAUCUAGGCGAGCUCAAGACCAUGUUGGAGCAAAACAGCGAUGACGUCCGCGCCCGCAUCAACUCCUACACCCACAAGCUGAAGAAACGCCUGAACAAGGACACUCAGGAGAUUCACGACACCGUGGCCACCUACAUGGGUGAGCUCCAGUCCCGCACCUCCCAGAACCUGGAGGCCGCGAGGGAGCAGGUUGAGCCCUACGUCCAGCAGGCCAGUGACAGCGCCACAAAGAAGAUUAGCGACAUCUCUACCAUCCUGAAGACCCAGGCUGAGGGCUUGGGCCAGCAGCUGGAGACUCAGGCUGAGGGCAUCAGAAGCCAGCUGGAGGCCACCGCCCAGGACCUGCGCACCUCCCUGGAAGGCAGGAUCGAUGAGCUGACCGAGAUGUUCUCCCCCUAUGCCACCAAGAUCCGUGAGCAGUUUGAGGGCAUCGUGGACAAAGUCAAAGAGACUGCCACUGCCUAGAGAAAGACUGAGGGUUUUCAAAGGGUUGUAGAUGGAUGUGUAAACCACUGAUUUCUUAAUACCCUGACAAAGAGGGGAAUGGGGGAGUUGAGAAUUACAGAUGAUAUCUUUAUUUGCGUGCUCCACUGUUCAGGGUAAGGGGGUUAAUGAGAUGAAGGAGGGAGGAUGAGGUGCUGACUGUUAACAGAACAUUCAGCAGAUAAACAUCUGUUAGGUUCUUUCUUCUGCACAGUCACCCUUUCUUCUCUUAUCGACUCCUGUCACUGAACACAAGCACCCCAGCCGAUAACAACCUUUAAUACACAAACAGGAGACAAUUAUUUGUAAUAUGCUUCGCUUUUCUACUUUGAAACUUCUAGCUGCCUAUCCCCCCAAGUUUUUGUCUUGAGCUUCCUACAUUUUGUUUGGUUGUAAAUAUAACUGCUGAGUUUGAGGUAUUCCACCCCUAAAUGCACCGAACAUCGUCUUUCAUUUCAAUAAAUGCACUGAAUUUUUCUCGAGGUGAUACUAAACCACUAAAGUGUCCUUCUGUAUUGUCUGCAUUUCUUGUUGUUCACAGAGAAGUGGAAUGUAAAAUGACUUGAUGCAAGUACGACAAAGAGAGUAAAGUGUAAUGCUGCCUGUUUUUCAGUCUGACUAUAGAGUGUCCCUUGUGUUCCACAUAUGCCCACCAUGCUGCUCACUGUAAGUGCACUGCCUGUGGCUGCACUGUUCUGACCAGUGCUGAGUGAAUAAAGAACCUAGAAAAGA